GGGCUUCAUAACAAAAUGUCCCCAGAUAAGGACACAGGAGAGAGCUGGACACUGAAUUCAGAGAAGCCGAGGCAGCUGGGAUCAGCGAAGCAAAGCGAUCCUGAUCUUUCAUUUUUAGUUGUGAAGAAUAAUGUGGGAGAAAAGCAUCUUUUUGUAGAUCUAGGAGUUUAUACAAGAAAUAGAAACUUCCGGCUGUAUAAGUCAUCAAAACUAGGAAAGCAUGUGGCUUUGGAGAUUGCUGAAGAUAACAAAUUCUUUCCUAAACAAUCAAAAACGAUUCCUGAAGAAAACCAGUAUUUCCUCUCUUCUUUGGUAUGCAAUGUCAGAUUCUCAGAUACUUUACGAAUUCUAACAUGUGACACACCUCAGAAUAAAAGAAAGCGAAUGAAGCACUUUAAUAGUACCAGCCCUUCAGUAGGAACCAUCGAAGGUUUUCAGUGUUCACCCUACCCUGAAGUCGAUCAGUUUGUUCUUUCCUUGGUGACUAAAAAUGACAUUAAAGGAGGAAUUAGGCGUUGGAGCUACUUUUUCCCAGAACAGUUGUUGGUUUAUGAUAUUUUCAAAUAUCGCUGGUGUGAGAACAUUGGAAGAGCCCACAAGAGUAAUAACAUCAUGAUUCUGGUUGAUCUGAAAAAUGAAGUUUGGUAUCAAAAAUGUCAUGAUCCUAUAUGUAAAGCAGAAAACUUCAAACUGACUGUGAGUUUGCCAUUACCUGCUGAAGUGUGUCUUUUGUUUCUUUUCAAAGAGGAAGAAGAAUUUACAACAGACGAAACUAGGAACAAUGAAACCACGAGCCCUCAUAAACCGUCCCCUGGUGCAUCCUCUGACCCUGGCUGGGACAAUGGCAUGGAUGAUGCUUGCUUUUUAGAAGCCACUGAAGAUGCUGAAUUAGCAGAGGCUGCAGAGAGCAGUCUUCUGCGUCACAGUAGUGGAGUGGAUGAGAUUCCUGAUGACCUCAUUAUGGAAGUAUUACAAGAGUAGCCAACUGUGGACAA